CCCAGCGCAGACAUGGCCUCGCGCGGCGGCCGCCCGGGCCCGAGCCCCCCGCGCCCCGCGCAGUAGCCCCGAAGAGGCGGCCUCGACGGUGCCGACGGCGCAGGCGGGCGGGCGGCAUGGAGGGGGCGCACCUGCUCCCGGCCGCCGACGUGCUGCGCCGCUUCUCGGUGACAGCCGAGAGCGGCCUGAGCCCGGCGCAGGUGACCGAGGCGCGGGAGCGCUACGGCCCCAACGAACUGCCAACUGAGGAAGGGAAGUCCCUGUGGGAGCUGGUGCUGGAGCAGUUUGAGGACCUCCUGGUGCGCAUCCUGCUGCUGGCUGCCCUGGUCUCCUUUGUGCUGGCCUGGUUCGAGGAGGGUGAGGAGACCACAACAGCCUUUGUGGAGCCCCUGGUCAUCAUGCUGAUCCUCGUGGCCAAUGCCAUCGUGGGCGUAUGGCAGGAACGCAAUGCUGAGAGUGCCAUCGAGGCCUUGAAGGAGUACGAGCCUGAGAUGGGCAAGGUGAUCCGCUCAGACCGCAAGGGCGUGCAGAGGAUCCGCGCCCGGGAUAUCAUCCCUGGAGACAUUGUGGAAGUGGCAGUGGGAGACAAAGUGCCCGCUGACCUCCGCCUCAUCGAAAUCAAGUCUACCACAUUGAGAGUGGACCAGUCCAUCCUGACAGGUGAAUCCGUGUCCGUGACCAAGCACACGGAUGCCAUCCCAGACCCCAGAGCCGUGAACCAGGACAAGAAGAACAUGCUGUUUUCUGGCACGAAUAUCGCAUCGGGCAAGGCAGUGGGCGUGGCAGUGGCUACCGGCCUGCACACGGAGCUGGGCAAGAUCCGGAGCCAGAUGGCUGCGGUGGAACCUGAGCGGACGCCACUGCAGCGCAAGCUGGACGAGUUUGGGCGGCAGCUGUCCCAUGCCAUCUCUGUGGUUUGUGUGGCCGUCUGGGUCAUCAACAUUGGCCACUUUGCUGACCCAGCCCAUGGCGGCUCCUGGCUCCGCGGUGCGGUCUACUACUUCAAGAUUGCCGUGGCCCUGGCUGUGGCUGCCAUCCCCGAGGGCCUCCCAGCUGUCAUCACUACAUGCCUGGCACUGGGCACACGGCGCAUGGCACGCAAGAACGCCAUUGUGCGGAGCCUGCCCUCUGUGGAGACCCUGGGCUGCACCUCGGUCAUCUGUUCUGACAAGACGGGCACACUCACCACCAAUCAGAUGUCUGUCUGCCGGAUGUUCGUGGUAGCCGAGGCCGAAGCGGGCUCCUGCCGUUUGCACGAGUUCACCAUCUCGGGUACCACGUAUACCCCCGAAGGCGAAGUCCGGCAGGGGGAGCAGCUUGUACGCUGCGGGCAGUUCGACGGGCUGGUGGAGCUGGCGACCAUCUGCGCCCUGUGCAAUGACUCGGCGCUGGACUACAACGAGGCCAAGGGCGUGUAUGAGAAGGUGGGAGAGGCCACGGAGACGGCUCUGACUUGUCUGGUGGAGAAAAUGAAUGUGUUUGACACUGACCUGCAGGCCCUGUCCCGGGUGGAGCGAGCUGGCGCCUGCAAUGCGGUCAUCAAGCAGCUGAUGCGGAAGGAGUUCACCCUUGAGUUUUCCCGAGACCGGAAGUCCAUGUCAGUGUACUGCACGCCCACACGUCCCGACCCCAGGGCCCGGAGCAGCAAGAUGUUUGUGAAGGGGGCUCCUGAGAGUGUGAUUGAGCGCUGCAGCUCAGUCCGCGUGGGGAGCCGCACCGUACCCCUGAGCACCACCUGCAAGGAGCAGAUCCUGGCCAAGAUCCGGGAUUGGGGCUCAGGCUUAGAAACGCUGCGCUGCCUGGCUCUAGCCACCCGGGAUACACCUCCGAGGAAGGAGGACAUGCGAUUGGACGACUGCAGCAAGUUUGUGCAGUACGAGAUGGACCUGACCUUCGUGGGCUGCGUGGGCAUGCUGGACCCUCCGCGGCCCGAGGUGGCUGCCUGCAUUGCACGCUGCCACCGGGCGGGCAUCCGUGUAGUCAUGAUCACAGGGGACAACAAAGGCACAGCAGUGGCCAUCUGCCGCCGGCUUGGCAUCUUUGGGGACACGGAGGAUGUGGUGGGCAAGGCCUACACAGGCCGUGAAUUCGACGACCUCAGCCCGGAGCUGCAGCGCCAAGCCUGCCGCACUGCCCGCUGCUUUGCCCGUGUGGAGCCCGCACACAAGUCCUGCAUCGUGGAGAACCUGCAGUCCUUUAAUGAGGUCACCGCCAUGACUGGUGAUGGGGUGAACGAUGCACCAGCCCUGAAGAAAGCAGAGAUUGGCAUCGCCAUGGGCUCAGGCACAGCCGUGGCCAAGUCGGCGGCAGAGAUGGUGCUGUCAGACGACAACUUUGCCUCCAUCGUGGCCGCAGUGGAGGAGGGCAGGGCCAUCUACAGCAACAUGAAGCAAUUCAUCCGCUACCUCAUCUCCUCCAACGUUGGCGAGGUCGUCUGCAUCUUCCUCACGGCAAUUCUGGGCCUGCCCGAAGCCCUGAUCCCCGUGCAGCUGCUCUGGGUGAACCUGGUGACGGAUGGCCUACCUGCCACAGCCCUGGGCUUCAACCCACCAGACCUGGACAUCAUGGAGAAGCUGCCCCGGAACCCUCAUGAGGCCCUCAUCAGUGGCUGGCUCUUCUUCCGGUAUCUGGCUAUUGGAGUGUACGUAGGGCUGGCCACAGUGGCUGCCGCCACCUGGUGGUUCCUGUAUGAUGCCGAGGGACCUCAAGUCACCUUCUACCAGCUGAGGAACUUCCUCAAGUGCUCUGAAGACAACCCGCUCUUUUCUGGCAUCGACUGCAAGGUCUUCGAGUCACACUUCCCCACGACCAUGGCCUUGUCCGUGCUGGUGACCAUUGAAAUGUGCAACGCCCUCAACAGUGUCUCGGAGAACCAGUCGCUGCUGCGGAUGCCACCCUGGCUGAACCCCUGGCUGCUGGCGGCUGUGACCAUGUCCAUGGCCCUGCACUUCCUCAUUCUGCUGGUGCCGCCCUUGCCCCUCAUUUUCCAGGUGACCCCACUGAGUGGACGCCAGUGGGUGGUGGUGCUCCAGAUAUCUCUCCCUGUCAUCCUGCUUGAUGAGGCCCUCAAGUACCUGUCCCGGAACCACAUGGACGGCAUUCUCAGGACAGUCUCCCAGGCCUGGAGUAGGCAGCCACUGACCACCUCCCAUCCAGACCACACCGGAAGCAAAGGAACAGAAGUGAGUGCUGGGAACAGAGAAGAGCCUCCGGUGUAUACCUCAGACUGA